AUGGCGAGUGGCCCGCCCUAUAACGGUUACCAGGUGCCGCCUGGGCCGGGAGUGCCUAACCAAGGUCCCCCACCACCAACGCAGCACUACGCUCAAUCCCCUCACCUUCAACAAUACUCUUCACCUCCGCCUCAUCAAUAUGUUCAUGGCCAGCAACCGGUGUAUCAAUCGCCUCACCCAGGCCACGCGCAGCAGGCCUACCAAACCCCGCAGCCGCCUCCAGCACAGUAUGCGCAGUCACCGCAAGGCGUGACUCAGCAGUACGCACCAGCCCAGCAGCACCACUAUCAGUCCCCUCCUCCGCCAGGCCACUACCAAGUGAACCAGUCCGGGCAAUCACCUCAGGCUCAGCAUAAUCAAUCGCCUCAAGGUCAAUAUCCUCAGCAGCAGACUCCAGGCCAGCAGCCCAGCUACCAGACAUCGACCUACGGUGUCGCAGCCCCACCAACACCUGCGCAGCACCAGCAGCAGUACCAGCAACAAGCCGCUCAAUUCGCAACUCGACCCUCUACUCAAGCCCAGCUGCAAUCAACUGCUCAAUCCUUGUUCAAGUCUGGAAAAGGAAUUCUUGGAAAUCUUGCUAGCAACAUCAAGUCAAAGUACCCCACUUCCGCACCUUCCGGUGCCCCCGCAAGCUCUGGGACCUCAUACACCGGCGAGGCGCCGAAGCCAACGUACAAUCCUGCCCAGCAUCCUACGCAAACGCCUUUGAGUCCGACAAACUCAUUCCCGCAAGGCUAUGGCCAAACUCAGCCCCAGCAGCCUUAUACCAAUCAGGCACCGCCGACACCGCAGCAGAGCGUUCCGCCUGCUGCUCCAGGCUACCCUCCGUCUCAACACCAAGCAGCGCCAGCGACAUCACCAUCUCAACAACCAAGUGCGCCUGGCCAACCACCUCAUCUGAGCUGGCAAGAGCGUUUAGAGGCUGCUCAACAUCCCAGUGCGGGAUUCCAGCCUUCGCAGGCGAAUGUUCACGCAGGCGCACAAGGCACUGUGCCUCAGCCGCCGGUUCAAUCACCACCAGGUGCCUCGCCAUAUCCCCAGCCCGUUUUGCACCAUCAGCAGUCAACUCCGUAUCAGACUACACCUGCGCCGCCAGCUGAUCAAUCUUUUCCACAGGGAGCGGGCCCUGCCGCCUCACCUGGGUACGGCCAGAGCCCUCCUGAAGCGCUUUCGCCACAUCAACAGCACCAGAGUGCUCCUCCUCAGCUUCAACAACAAGGAUCAUUGCCACAACAGGGCGGCGUAAGUACUCCGUAUAAUCCAACACUGUCAUCGCCUCCGCCUCCGCCGCAGACAGCUCCCCAAUCCGGUCCCCCAGUUGGUCCUCCCAACCAUGGCUCUCCUGCUCUUCAGCAACAGCCACAGUAUCACCAGCAAACUGGUACAACAAACCCUCAAGACCCAACAGCGACUCAACAAGUUGGUCUAGUAUCGGCGUAUCAAACUGUCCCAGCUAGUGCUACGCACAGCACGCAUCAGGUCCUCCCGCCCCAGCAGCUCUAUCAAAGCCCCCCUCCCCAAGGGUACCCGCAACAGCAGGCACCUGCUGCUUACGACCCGAUGGCCGUUUCGGGAGUAUCGCCGACCGCGCAUACAGUGCCUGCCCCGCUAAUUCAAAGUGCUCCCAUACGCCAUCCACAAGGUCCUCCUGCAACGCAGUCACCUCACCAGCAACACCAGAGUCCACCAGUGCAGCAGAUCGUUAGCCCAGCGGCAGCAACUCAGCAUCAGCAGGCACCUUUUCAGAGCGUUUCUGGACCCCAGGGGCAGUAUUAUACAACAAACCAGGCGCAAGUUCACCAGACUGGAGGUCUACCUGGCGGUGUCCAGCCGAUUGCUCCCCCAGGCCAGGCUCAUAGCUACCCGCCUCCACCACCUCUGCAACCGCAGCACGAUGUAAACCCCGUCGCUACCCCAGCACCAAACCAGUUCCAACCGUACAGUCCAACGGUCGAACAGCACGCUCCACCGUCACAAUAUUUGCAGCAUCCUGAAGUGCCAGCUACCAGCCAUCGGACUUCUCAGCAUGAUACGUCGCCUCCGGCUGGCGAGAUCAACCCUGGACAAGCAAACCCCCCGCCGACAGUACCAGGUCAGCAGUUCCAGCCGUACCAGCCUGUUCCCGAAGCGACAAACUUCCAGCCCCCACCGGCGAACGCGAAUUAUGGACACAGCCAACCCGCUGCCUAUGGCUACCAACAAGAUCCCAUGGCUUCUCUGUCUGCUCAAAUGAGCAGUCUGAACGUCCUAAAUAGUGGUCAUCCUCCGACAGCAUCCAAUACUGACCAGGCCGCACGACAAGAUGGGCCCCGGGGACCGCCUCCCUGCCAAGCUACUGGUAUGUCCAGCGACGUUCUCCCAUACUGUCCCGAAGACAGAACCGUAAGCUACUCGCUUGAUUGGUAUCGUUUUAUUGCUGUACCACAGUAUCUGAUUUGCACGAGGUGCUAUACGGACUAUGUUCAGAGCACUCAUCUCGCUGGUCACUUCGAGAGGUACCAUUCGCCCGAGGGCAUAGAAUCCAAGUGCGGCUUCUGGUCUCCUCGCGCACGAGAGGUGCUCUGGCCACAGGCUCUCCAGAACAACGACGUCAGACCUCUACAGGAAUGGAUGGAGAAGAGCCUGACCAUCAAGCCAUGUAAGGGCAGGGUAUGGACGACUGGUGCGGAUGAGGUCAAGUGGUGGGGUCUGGUCAACGACGAGAUUGAUGGAUUCAUAUCGUGCGAUGCCUGCUACGAGGAUCACGUCGUGGGCACUGCCUUUGAAUCUCGCUUCCAACCUUACCGCCAGCAAGGACAAGAUGAAAAGUGGAUGUGUGAUUUGUGCAUACCUUACAUCGCCAAAAUAGCAGUCAAGAUGGCAAAGCAAAAUCACUGGAACGGCUUUGUCGAGGCCGCAAAGGUCCGAGUUCAACUUCCACUGUGUGAAGGUAGAGAUGAAGAGUCCAACAGUGGGCAUUGGAUGCUACCGCGUCGCAAGAUCAAGGACAUGACUAUCUGCGAGGCAUGUUAUCUGGAUAAACUUGCACUAACGCCAUUCGGCAAUGAAUUCGAACGUCACAUCCGUGCAGAAGGUUUUGAUGCCUUCGUCGAGUCGAUUGGUCAGAGAUGGAAGUGCAAGCUCACUGAUACAGCUGUUAGCAUGAGUAUCGCGCUCGAAGCAGCCAUCUACCGCCGAGACUUCGAUGUUUUCUGGAAUGCCGCCAAUGCCAUCGCGGAUCUUGUCCCAUGCACAAUUCACGGCAUCGUGCGAGGCAAUUGGUGGACUGUUGUUGGAGGAUGCGCCGACUAUGAUGUCUGUGAGGCUUGUUAUAAGGGAAUCGUGGAGACGUCUGGCCUCGAGAAAUUCUUCGAGCCUGCACAGCGUGACCAGACUGUCGACAUAAUUUGCAACUUUUGUCCAGGUACUCCGCGAUGGGGAAGUUUCAUCACCAAGUUCGCUGAAGCUCUUGACAAAGGUGUUUUCAGUCUCUACUCUGACUACAUCAAGAAAUGGGCUGGAGUGCCGCCAUGUCCAGGGAUCAAGAACAGAGGGAAGAGUAAAUGGUGGGGACACCCGGAAGCUCUGGCCUGUCAGGACUGCUGGUUGAACUUUGUGGCCGAUACCCCCUUGGGAGAUUCCGUUCCCGUCAAGGAGGUUUAUGAUGAACGUACCUUGAUCUGUCAGCUGUGGUCUCCAAGAAUGCGUAACAUGUGGCUCGUAGCUUGUGCCGCCGGACCUCCUGGAUCACCCGAGUCACAAAAGGCUCUAGAUGAGUUCAAAGCAUUUGGAUCAAGGCGUUUGCAAGUGUACAACGCGACCGUGCCUCACAUCGAGAUGAUACAGCAGAUGCAGAUGAUGAAGCAAAUGCAGGCUAUGCAGCAGGGGCAACUGAGCUUGAUGUACCAGGGUAUGAAUGGCAUGGCAGCUAUUAGUGGUACUACGGAUGGGUACCUGCAUGGUAAUAGUUCUGUUGGGUACUAUGAGACUGAGCAUGGUGUGACGGCGGCGAAUAUGAUGAACAACAUGCAUGCUGGGAUGGCGGACGCGAAUAAGAUGAGCGAUUGGCAAACGAUAAUGCAGUUGCAAGCCACUUGGAUGGAGGUUGAGUAG